CACAGUACGACCGCGAUUCUUUUGAAGAAGAAUACUUCAUCAAUUUAAGUUACAAUGAUCACAAUAAUUUGCGUAAUUCUUUUCAGCUUUGGAACUAUCUUCGUUGAUUGUGAUACGAAGUUUAUUGAGCUAGAUGAAUUAAAUUACUUUGGAGAACCCAUUUCAUUUGCAUGCGUACAUAGCUCAAAUCAAGAUGACUUUCUUGUUGCAAAAAGCAACAAUGAAGAAUCGGUGCGUGAACUAAUUGGAUUUUUAGAUAAUAGAAAAGGACUUUCACUGUAUUUCCCUGGAAUAACAUCUACAUUAGUAGCAAAAGAUUUUCAAAAUGCAAAAGAAUGGUUCAUAGCAUCAAAUACAAACAUUUGCUACAUUACAUAUACAUAUUCGGGUCAAACUUCAAAAAGUUCCACUUCUUCGCUCAUGAAGAAGAUGAUAAAUACACAUCGAGUAGAAUUUGUUGUCAAAGAAACGCGAGAUUUUUUAGUAAAGCUCAAAAAAGACUGUUCGCGAAAAGGUUCCGUGCACACUAUUUUACAAUUGGCUAAAGUUACAGUGGUUGGUCUUCAUUUCGGAUCGCAUAUUGCAAGUCUCGUUUCUCUUUUCUUGCAAAAGAAAUAUAGUGAAAUGAGUUUAAGAUUAAUAGUUCUAGACCCAGUCAAAACAUCGUCAUACCUCGACUACGGCACUACCCUUAGUGGCAUUCGUGCAAGUUUCGCACAAGGUAUAUUUACUUCUAAAAAUUCUUCAGAAGAUACCACGGGAUACAUCGACAUAUACAUAGAGAAUAAAUGUUCCUCGCGCAUUAAAUCUGAUGAUUUAAUUCUUGCCAUUCACACGGCCAUUUGUCAGAAGGAUAUCAUUGCAAUAGCUGCAUUCAAUGGAACCAGUUCAAUAAAUAUGAACUCUCCUAGCAAUCCGGUUGUUCCGUCUGAAAAUGAGGUUUUAAUUGGCGUAUAUGGUAGACAUAGUAGUGAUUACUGUAACAAGAAAUUUACAUUAACUGUUACAUGCAAUGCUUACGAAACUUUGAGACAAUCACUUCAAAUACAUACAAGUUCAAAUAGUGCGGCGAACGAUCCAAACUCUAGUCUAAAAUACAAGGUUGAUCCGAUAAUAUUUAAAUGCAUUCAUAGCACAAGUCAACAACAUUUUGAUCAAGCAAGAAGUGACGAUAUAUUAGCGAAACACGAGUUGAUCGGAAGUUUGAAUAAUGGAAGAGGUCUUUCGCUUUAUUUCCCCGAAGUAUCAUCUACUGUGGACGCAACAGGGGCCGAUUUCAAAAACGCAAAGGGAUGGUUCGAAGCAUCUGAUACAAACAUUUGCUACAUUCAGUAUGCGUUACCCCAGUCACCGUCUCGUGUGAAGAAAGUUGUAAACGCAAUGUCGAAAACAUCCUCAUCGUCUAUGGACACGAGCCGAGUUGAUUUCGUUGCCAAUGAAGUGGAAGAUUUUGUAACGAAGAUCAGAAAGGAUUGUUUCAAUAAUGGAGAUGUUGGGUCAUUUAAAUCUUUGGCGCAACUUACAAUAGUCGGAAUUAAUUUCGGUGCGAAUAUUGGAAGUCUUGUCUGUAGAUACUUGGCAGUAAAGAAUGGAGAAAGCGUUGAGAAACUAAUAGGUAUGAAUCCACAUCUCGAUAAAAGGGUUGCGUUCAACAAGGAAAUUGCAAAGUAUGCACAGGUUAUCUGUACUGCCAUACCUCCAGGGAGUUUAGGAGAUGGUUAUGUAUAUAUAAAAAAUGAGUGCGGACCAAAAAUCAAAUCGGAAGAUUUGAUGGUUGAUAUUCAUGCAGCCACCAGUGAAAAGCGGCUGGUCGCAAUUGCAACGCAUAAUGGAAAAGGUUCUUUGCAUAAUGGUACAGCUAUCCCAAAAUCAAAUGAGAUCUUAGUUGGUGUAUACAGCGAUUUGCAUGCGCGCCCUACUGGGACAGCAUAUAUAUUAGCUAUUACACCAGAUAAAUUGAAAACAUUGAAGAGAGCAUUGGCCAAUUAAUCAAUACAAAGUAUAUUUCAAAUUUAUAUCACACCAGGGCGUGUACAAAUAUUAAUAAAAAUAUUACGUUCAACGGAACAUUCAAAAGAUA